AUAAGGAGAUUCUGUCUAUUUUCUGAUGAAAGACUGUCAGGAGAGAGAUGCUUUUCACACGUUCCUAUAUGUGACCCUCGUCAUGAAAAGUAUAAGACGAAGAACCUGCACUUCAAAGCUUGCAUCCAAGAACUGAUCAACACAAACGUCGUAAUAGACUCAAUCUCCCACCUCAGCUAUCUUUCUCAACAAGCUUCAUUAACUUUCACCUUCCCAAACACUCAAGACUUCUUCAAGAUGAAGCUCUUCACCACCUUCAUCGCCAUCUUCCCAUUGGGACUCACCCUCUCCAUCCCCGAAGUGCGAGACCUCACUACCACCACCGCCGCUCACAGAUGCAAGAUCAUUGCUGGAGCAGAUGUCAACUGCCACUACUGCGACCAGCUUAGUUGUGAUGUCGUCAAGGUGCUCCAGAAUCAGCAGACGUAUAACUUCGACUGUCUGUGUCCUAAUGGCGAGACUAUUAACAACAUUGGAGCCUGGGAUCAUAAUCCGGAUUACUCUUGUUGGGUAUGGGCCAACACUACGGAUUAUAAUUGCCCCACCAUUGGGAGUAACGCUCUUCCUGAGUGCAGCUUCUGUGGCAAGUAAAAGAGUACCUUGCGCGACAAAUUUGCAGUAAGGAAUGCUCGAAUGACGGGCAAUUGAAUGAUGAUCGCCUGAUGUAUUUUUAUAUUUCACGCUUCUUGUUUCUGAUGUCCAAGAAAGUAGGGGCAGAGUAUCACAAACCAUGCAAUUUUGUUAUACGCAAUUUGUUUGCAGAAAUACUCCAAAUUUUUCUUCACUUAUUCAACGAAUAUGUCUUGGCUAUAUUUCAAAAUUUCUCCAACCUAAUCACUUCAUACGCAGGCUCC